GAGAUCCAUCGCCAUCACGGUAUUGCAAGCACCGAGUUCCGGCAUCAUGGGCGCCACUCACCGUGCUCACGACCAGGACGAGGACGAGAUGGAGAUCGACCCUCGAUUGAGGGACACCCCGGUUGCCACCUCCUAUACUCCACAGACCCAUCCCCCGAGAGCGUCUCUUCAAAUUCCAAUUGCUCCCCAGCAAUCACGAUCACCAGUUGCUCCACAGCAAUACCAACCCGUCCAAGAAGGCUCCCCGCAAAACUACUACCUGCCGCAAACUCCCCAGUCCGGCGGUAACGAGGACAAUGACGCGGGAAACGGAACCCAGGAUGGCGGCCCGAAUGAUCCCAAGCGACCUAGAGCUUGCGAAGCUUGUCGAGGACUCAAGGUCAAGUGCGAGCCGGAUGCAAACAACCCCGACGGACCUUGCAAGAGAUGUGGCAAGGCCAAUCGAACAUGCGUUGUCACUCAACCAAGUCGGAAGAGACAAAAGAAGACCGACAGUCGCGUCGCAGAAUUAGAGAAGAAGAUUGAGGCGAUGGCGGCAAUGAUGGCUGAGAAAUCGGGCUCGACUGCGAUUGCUCACAGCGGCGGUGGUGUUGAGGUGCCACCUAUGACUGCACAAGCUCGACAAACACCAUAUCAGCAAGUCACAAAUGGAGGCUACGGAUCCGUAUUCGCUCAGGCUCCAGAGCCUCGAGCUAAUGAGUGGGGAAACGCCUUUGGAAAGGCCCCCGAUUUCGAAAGCAGGAAGUCGUCUGUUCCGCCCAUGGUCGUUGCGGGACAGAAGAGAAAGCACGCCGAAAUCUUCUCAACUGCAUCCGACUCGCCAAUCUCAGGGGCCACUCGGAAGUCGGUCGAUGGUUCCAAUGCUCAGCAAUCUCUUGGAUUCUUGAUGGACCGAGGAAUGAAGCCAGCACCGAUGCAUGAGUACUCAGAUGUCGUUGACAGAGGACUUGUGACUGCAGAUAUGGCCGCAAAGAUGUUCGAUUGCUAUGUUGAGAAGAUGGCGCCCCACAUGCCUGCAGUUGUCUUCAAGGCUGGCACCACUUCCGCCGAAGUUCGCAAGACCAAGCCAACCCUCUUCCUGGCCAUCCUCGCUGCUAGUUCUGGAUCCAACUUUCCCGAUAUACAAAAGCAGUUGACGAAGGAGGUCAUGAGCAUCUACGCCGACCGCAUCAUCUGCAAUGGAGAGAAGACUUUAGAGUUGAUUCAAGCUCUGCAAAUCAGUUCCCUUUGGUACUACCCUCCGGAACACUUUGAGGAGCUCAAAUUCUACCAACUCAUUCACAUAGCAGCUGUCAUGGCAAUUGAUAUUGGUAUGGGCAAGAGAAGCAAGACCAAAGGUCCGGGACUGUGGAGAGACAACCCAUGGCGCCGAACUCCGUAUCCUGAUGCCACCAGCAUUGAAACUAGACGUGCCUGGCUUGGUUGCUAUUUCUUAUGCUGCAAUGCGGCCAUGGGACUUCGCCGACCGAAUCUGAUCCGAUGGGCCCCGUUCAUGGAGGACUGCGUCGAAAUUCUUGAGACCUCUCCUGAUGCAGCACCUACUGAUCGGGCAUUGUGUAGCUGGGUGCGAGUUCAGCAUAUUGCAGAGGAGAUCGGCAUCACCUUUAAGAUGGACGAUCCUACUGCAAAAGUUACCAUUGCUGAUGCGACAGUUCAAUAUGCACUCAAGGGUUUCGAGAACAACUUGAAGCAAUGGAGCAGCCAGGUACCACCGGAAGCUCAGUCCCGUAAGUCUCAGUCUCCUAUGUUGAAGAUCGCGGAGUACGUUGUUGAUCUCUACAUGCACGAAGUUGCUUUGCAUGUUGACCAUAACGUCGAGGAGUUCAAGCCGCCAUUCACAGAGGAUACCCUCGGCGGAGUCGGUGUCGGUGACCAAGCAUCGCUCAGUUCUGACCAUGUCCAAGCUCUGUGUGUUUGCUUGAACUCCGUUGAUGGUAUCUUCGAAACCUUCCUGAAGUUGGACGUCGAAACUGUUCGCUGCCUGCCCGUGAUCAACUUCGUUCGGAUUGCAUAUGCUGUGGUGGUCCUGAUCAAGAUGUAUUUUGCAGCUGCCACGCCAACCAGUGAGUUUGGAAAGGUCAUCAGCAAGGAUAACAUGAAAGUUGAGCAGUAUCUGGAUGGUCUGGUAAACAUGUUCAGCGCAUCCGCUGCGGAAAAGAAGUCACGUCCAUCGCACAAGUUCUUGAUGGUGCUUCUGAUGCUGAAGACUUGGUUUGCCCGUCAACGGGAAGGAAAGCCAGCCCCACAAUCGAGCGAGUCUGCUCUCUUGAUGGACACUCCUGCGGAGGCCGCUAGCGACAAGCAAAAUCCUCAACAACGCGGUGGACAACAGCAAGGUUAUAGCACCGAAAACACGCCUCUCCAGCUUCUGAGUGAAGUUGCAACUAAUCCUGGCGGACAAUCUCGUUCGGGCAGUGUCAGCCAAAAUCUUGGUUCUACCAACGAUUGGCAGCAACCACAGCAGCAAAGCUUCACCAACUAUCCUUCGAUGACCCAAAUGCCAAUGGCUCCAUACGGCAACUUGAGCACGGGAAACAUCGACCCUUCGUUGGGAAUGGACGGCUACAUGAUGGGUGACGGCUUGGAACAGGCAAUGGGCAUGGCCAUCGGAGUUGGACCGUUCGGCGAAUACUAUACUGACGAGGCGUUCUAUGGCAUGAUGGAUCCAACGGCGGGCGCAUCCUUCUUUGACGGGAUGUAGACCUGAUUCGGAUCCCAUCUGCGGUUUAGACGUAUUAUGCAUUUGCUUCUGGCGUUCUUGCAUUCGAGGGGACUUGCAUUUAGGCGAAGAGCCGUCUUCAAGAUUGUAUUUUACAAUCAACGGGCCGUGGCAGCCGGGCUUAGGGCAUACGAAUGAUACCAUAAGAAUUUUAUGAAAGAAAAUUCAUUGCAUCC